AUGGAGCCUAAAUUUUCAGAUCACUCUCUACUGAAGAUAGACCUGCAAGGUAGACAAGAUCAUGCUGCUAGACCAUUUAGAUUUCUUAAUUGCUUAGUUGAGCAUGAAAAGUUCUUACCUCUAGUUGAUGCAAAUUGGGCAACACCUACUCAUUUAGCAUUUAUGCAAAGGGUGUGGACCAAACUGAAGAAGGUUAAGCUAGGAUUGAAAUCUUUGUACUCUGAACACUUUCAAGGUAGUACAGAGAAGCUGAUGGAGAUCAGGGGAAAAUUACAGGUUGUACAGGAGGAUAUGGGACACCACUUGCUCAAUGAUGAUCUUAUUGUUGAAGAGAAAGAUCUGAAGAACCAACUAGAUAAGUGGGGGAAGAUAGCAGAAAUCAUUUACAGGCAGAAGUCAAGAGUCAAAUGGUUACAAAUAGGGGACUCAAAUACUGCUUACUUCUUUGCUAGUAUGAAGCAUAGAUACUCACAAAACCACAUUACUUCACUAACUGAUGAUUAUGGUACUCAACUUCAACAUCCAGAAGCAAUUACUGCUGAAGUAGUUAGGUUCUACAAGGGACUCCUAGGUCAUAGUGGAGGCGGUAAACCAGCAGUUAAUCCAUCUAUUGCUCAACAAAGGGAAUUGAUCAAGCUAAUGAACAGUGAGGAAGUAUUCCAAGCCUUGAAUGACAUUGAUAGCUUUAAGGCCCCAGGUUGCGAUGGUCUGAAUGCCUAUUUUUUUUUAAAGGCUUGGCCCAUAGUUGAAUCAGAGGUAACUAGUGCUUCUGGAAUUCUUUAG